CAUCUUCUCAACUGCUUACUUUGACUAACAUGGCUGGUCGUGGCAAAGGAAAGACUGCCGGCAAGAAGGCCGUCAGCCGGAGCGCCAAGGCAGGUCUGCAGUUUCCAGUUGGCCGCAUUGCGCGUUACCUAAAGAAGGGCAAGUAUGCGGAGCGUAUCGGUGCUGGUGCUCCUGUGUACCUGGCCGCUGUGUUGGAGUACCUGAUCGCUGAGGUGCUGGAGCUGGCCGGCAACGCUGCUCGGGACAACAAGAAGAACCGCAUCGUCCCGCGCCACAUCCAGCUGGCCAUCCGCAACGAUGAGGAGCUGGGCAAGCUGCUGGGUGAUGUGACCAUCGCGUCCGGUGGUGUCCUGCCCAACAUCCAUGCAGUCCUCCUUCCCAAGAAGUCCAAGGGCAAGGCUGAGGACGGCUCUGCAGCUGUUUAAGUUGGCUUAUAAUACAUAUUCUAUG